AUGCGGAUCCCCAUCCACUAUGCACCAAGCACCGUGAAACAAGAGGCAGCAUCGAAUUACCCGGCGCCGCUUGUACGACUAAGUCCGUCUGGCGAGCUUGUGCUUGUAGAGUUACAAGGAUCGUUGGAAAUGGAUGGAUGUGAUCCACGUGGUGGCGAGACGAUCGGGACUAUCUCGUUCCCCACAGGGCGCGACGAUAAGCCAGUGCUCCAGAUCUCUCAUCAUCGGCUUGAAGGAAGCAUAGUGAAACUACGCAGACCAUUAGCGGUGCUCGAGAAACAGAUGCAUCCACGAUCGCCAUCCACGCGUGGUGCAAACAAUCCAUCGGCAACGGCCACAUGUGAAUCGAGUGCAUGGCCAUCCUCGCCGCCUGUAUCGCCACCUGCAUCGCCACCAACAUCUCUGCCAGCAUCACCAUCUCUUUCUUCAACUGCGUCGCGAAAGCGUGCAGCCCCAGAACCAUGUGUGACACCUCCGCGACGACACCCCCCUACUACUCUGUCUAGUAGUCCAAUGCCUGAGUGUACUGCGUCAUGGUCUGAUGGUUAUGCCGACUUCUCAUCGCCGAAUUCACAAGCGCGUCAAGCAAAACCUUUGAACACCAUCACAUCUUAUACGAUUGUGACGCUGGUUCGUCACAAGCUCUUGUUUUCUACACGGCCUGAACCCAUUGUGAACUUACCUGCAUAG